AUGGACCUAUACCUCAGUGCCUGCUCCAAGGCUGCCAGCGUUGCUGCCACCAAGACGGCCACCAGCAGCCUGGCCGAAGACAGCCAGCAGUGCGGAGACGGCGUGCACAAAACCCACUUCCCAGGGAUCGGAGCGGCCGAACUGCUGGAUCUGCCUCUUGGGGUCAAGCUGCCUGUAAUCCCAGGGAGCAAUACUUUAUACUAUACUACAAAGUUAAGUGAAAAGCUUUUUCGACCUUCUUAUGGUUUUAACCUGACUGAUCCUUAUUGUCGACUUUUGGAAAACCAAUAUAAAAGUCUCCAUGAUCCACAUUUAAGAGCAUACCAUACACGCAAAGAUAUCCUGAGGAGAUUAAAGAAAGGUGGCUACAUCACCAGCAAUAAUAAAAUUGUAUGUAACUUGAGGGAAUUGAAUAAGUACAGGCAAUAUCUUACCAGUUUAAAAUUAGACUUCGAAAGAAACUAUGUAAGAGAACAAAAAAUGCUUGCAAAACAAGUUAAUAAACUACGAGAAAACAAUCAAAUGCCUGGACACUCUGAUGUUUCACAGUUCCAGAACUGGUUGUUACAGGAUGACACUCAAUCUUUUAAGGACCAGGAAAGGUUAAUAAGACACAGAUAUUUGGAUAUGAUAAGUAGGGAAUUAGAACAACGUGAGCGUGCCGCAGAAGAGCAGCGCCUACUCCAGAUGGACAGAGAAGAAAGGCGACAGCGGGAACAAACAAGAAGAAAACUUAGUCUUCGAAGAAAAAUUGAAGAGGAAUGGAAGGCAAAAGAGAUGUUACUUCUGACUAAGAUUGGAGAAGACGUUAAAAGAGAAGCUAGGAUAGAGGAACAACGGCGUAGAAGCAGAGAAGAGAGUGACAAGAAGAAACAAGCCCUUUUAGAGAAAAAAAUGGCUUAUCAUUUACAAAGAAUGCAAGAAAAUGGCUUUAAUAGAGAAGAGAUGGGAAAAAAUACAUCUGAUUACAGAGGACAAGAUGGAACACAUUGUGAAUAUUAUUCUCCAAAGAAGAAGAAGAAGACUCCUGAUGAUAUAAAGAUAAUUUAUCCUGUUGAUGACCAGAAAGCAAAUAAAGGUGAUUAUGGAACUCUGUACAUUUCACCUCAAGAUUCAAUUAUUUCAGCUCAAACUUCACCCACAAGAAAUUGCCCCAGAUCUUCACAGUCUUAUUUGGGUCCUGUGGCUACCACUGUCAGAAAGUGUACUUCAGGUGGCCUACGUUCAUCCUUCAGAACUGAUAGAAAGAGGGGUCUAUUGCUUUGGAUUUACCUCCCUGAGCAGGUUGAAUUCUUGGAGAAGCCUACAGAGCUACAUCCCUAUGUAUUCAGCGAGCCCGUUCUACAACAGAACUUCCUACAAAAUUGCUUGCAAAACAAAGUAACUUCUGAAGAACUGAACAGUAUCAUUCAGAACAUAAUGACCUGGGUUGUGGCUACAGUGACAAGUAUAUUAUACCCAGCCAUCACAAAGUAUGAAGAAAGGUUGCAAUAUUGUGCAUACUCAGUGUCUGAAGAGUCUGUCCUUUCUUCAGAUAGUUCAAGUUUCUGUAGCACAUGCAGUGAAGAGUUUACAUAUGGAAGUUAUACAUCUGCAACAACUAAAACAUUUCCAGAAGAGCCUUGUGCCUCUGUAGCUGACAUUUCAGUAAGGCAACCACCUACAUCUUUAAAACCACCUCCUGCCCAUGUGGAAAGAACAGUUGUUGGAAAAACAUAUCACACGAAAGGACAAUCUAUAACUUCUGAGCUCAAAUGUCAUAAAACCAGCAUGACAUAUGCAUACCCUAGGCUCAGAAGUUGUAAAUCAGAUAGUUACCUCUUAGCAUCAUUUGAAACAGGCACAAAAAAAUCUAAGGAUGCUACCACUGAAACAGAUGGCUUACAGAGUCCAUACUUGGCUGAUCAGAAAGCAAAAGCUGAAAUAAUGAAUUUAAAGAAGAUUUUUGUUAACUUUAAAUGUCACUUAAAAGGGGAAACUGAAUUGAUUUUAGAAAGUAUCUUUCAAGAAAUAAUGUCUGAUUUAACCCAGGCCAUUCCCUCUAUUUCUUCUGUUACUGCUGAAGUUUUUAUUGACCAAAGUGAGCCUGAAAAAAGAGACUUGCCCCCCAGUGCUGAUAUCAGCUCAGUAGCUUCAGAGAUUGUGGAAAAUAUGCUUGAAAAGCUACAGUCUGCCAUUGAGAAAAAAUGUGUUGAGAUGAUUACACAAGAAGAUUGGUCACCCGACCUAAAUCCAAGCUUAACACCCAGUGAAGAAUGCCUUAUUCCAUCAAGUGGAAAACCUCUUACAGCUUCGCUGCCUUAUGCUAUGGACCCCAUGUGUGAUAUUGCAGAGAAUAUGGUUCAUGCCAUUUUAGAAAAGCUGAUGACACUUGCAUCUUGUAAGCAGGAUGAACUUCCUCAUCUCAAAGAUGCAACUAAACUUUCCUAUCAGCAGCAUAUGACAGACCCAGCAUGUACAUUCCUUGGAAAAGCUGACAAAAGGAAAUGGAGUCCUGAACCUGAUGCAGCUAAUUUAAUUGUUAAAGAAGAAAUACAAAAUUUAAUAUCAAAUAUUUUUUCCCAGUCCUCUUUGGUUGGCUAUAUAGAGGAAGCAAUCAGCACUAUACUAGGAUAUGUACAAACUGAACUUAACAAUGAGAGACUUACUGCAUCUGAAGAAACAGUAGUAUUCCUCCAGCUACUCGAUGAUAUUUUCACACAGCUCCAGCGGAAGCCAGUAAAAUCAGAUGUUCAAAAAAGUAGACACUCUAGACUGAGAAAUCUUUCUGACCCUUCUGACAUGGAAGAAAAGUACAGACUAACUGGCACUAGAUUAUCUGGUGACCCUAGGUCUAGAAAACGAUUUCCACCUAUUAAUGUUCCUGGUAUGGUUCUUUAUUCUGAAGACGAUAAUGAAGAAAUAGACAAAAUUGUGAAAAAUGUGCUUGAUUCAUCUAUUAAAGAUGAAAAAGCAAAAUCACAAGAACAGAACCCUGAAUAUUGGUUUACAAAAGGAAACACUUGUCCUGAAUACAAAAGAAAUAGAAAAGCACCCACAAAGCCGGCUUCUCCAAAAAACAAAGUUGCAUUUUGUGAAGGGGGAUUAAAGACUGAGUUACCACAUUUUAAUAAGAAAGCACUUUUAGAGAGAAAACCCUGUUCGAAUAAGGACAUUUUAAUUUUUAGCCAAGAUCAAAAGCUUCAGAUACAAAAGGCUUCACAAAACGUAGUCAAAAGGAUUUUAACAGAAAUGGUUGAGGACUUAUCUUCUGUUCCUCCCAGUCACUUAGGCAUUGAAACUGGCCGAGAAGCUUCCGUUCUUGUUUCAGAAAAACCUCAAGGCCUGUCACUUCAAGAAUGGAUAGACCAGAUGUUCUCUGUGUCAGAAAUUAAUACAGUGGCUCAAGAAAUAACAGAUGCUGUGUUAAAUAUACUUCACAAGGCAUCGAGCUGCAUUCCCAAUAGCACCAAAAGCUCCAUUUCAUCCUCAGUUCAUCAAACUUCUCCUGAUAGCUCUGAUACUCCAGAUAUGGUCAAAGAAGCACCAAGUAAAAAAACAUUAAAUAUAUGGUUUGACAGUGAAAAGAAAAUGAAAUAUUUAUCUUCACUCAACUUAGAUCCUGCAAAACCUUCCUUGUUAAGGUCUGAAGAAAAUAAACCUGUAGAAGACAUUACUGAUGACAUCAUUAAUGCAGUGUUUAAAAAGCUGAAGUUGCUCAUUUAUCCAAAAUUGAAAAUGGGCUUCAAACCUUCACUUGCAGAGCAAUCUUCACUGCACUCUCAACUUACUACUUACACAACUAAGGUAGUUAACAUUGUUUUGCAUGCUAUCCAAAAUGAAUUGCAACUCAAUGAGAAAAGCCUAAACCUUCAGGAUACAGAACACACCAAAUCCCGGACGGGUAAAGAAUUUUCUGCUGACACUGAUAACUUAGAAUCCCUUGUCUCAAGUUUCAGUGAUGACAUUAUGGCAUCUCCAUUAUUAACUUGCAUUUGCGAAAUGUUAUCAUCAAGUGAACAUUCGAAUCAAAGCAGUAUUUCACUCCCCUCAAAUAAGUCAAAGCCUUCAAUUUCCUAUGGCCCUGACAAUGUUGAAAAACAAAACACUUUGCCCAGUAGUCAAGAUAAAAAAUCUUUUCACCAAUACUUAGCUACGCCAUGUGCUCUCCAUAGUUACCUUCAUGGAACAGAUCUCAGAGAUAAUGCCAGAUUGGAAGUGUUAGAUACUAUUGGGGAAGUACUAUAUGAAAUGUUGUGUAAGCUCAUAAGAGUGCAUCCUGACUGCCAGCUAUCUUGCAGUAAGCUAAACAGAGAGAAGAUGAAUGAGAAUCAGCAAACAGCUACUAAAUUGCAGUCUAAUAUUCAGCUCAUUUCCAAAACAAUUUUGGAAUAUAUCCUUGCAAAAUUAUGUAGUGUUGACAUGGAUACUAGUUUUGCAAGUUCUGGAAUUAAAGCUGUCUCAGAGUUUCUUGAUAUCGAUAGCCUGUCAUUUGAUUCAAUUAUUCAGGAAAUGGCCAAAUGCACUGACAUAAUCGCCAGCGUAGUUUCCAGGAUGGUUCAGGAGAGUAAUAAAAAGGGGGCUAAAAAAAGGGGGAAAACUGUUUCUUCUUCUGCAUCUUCCAAAACAGGAAGCACAAAAGAAACACAGCCAAAUAAACUGAAAGCUAUGGCUUCCGAUAUUCUUAAUACAGUUUUUGCUAAACUGGAAGGAUUUGCCAAUGGAAAUUUAGAAACGCUGGAUUCCAUUAGUGAUGAAAAUAAAAAAAGCAAUAAGAUGGACUUAAAAUGUGAAAGUCUCAGUGCUUUCACAGACACACGUAAAGAACUAUUGCAGUCUGCGUUAUACAUACAUGCAAAGAAGGUAGCAAGUACUAUUUUGAAAGCUAUUCAAACAGAAUUAAAUAUGAAUUCAUUAGAUUUGAGGACAAGUGCAAAAACCUCACCACCUGAGAAACAAAUUCUUAAGAACAUAGUCAAUUUAAUUUUAGAUUUGGUAUCUUCCGAUAUGUUCAAUGAAACUGAAUCUGAAGAGAGAGACAUCGAAACUUUUCGAUACAAACCAACUUAUGGGAAUUUUCUUCCAGGAGGAGCCGAGUCAGAUUCAUUUCUAGAAGACCCUGCACAUAUAGAGAAAGAAUUUACUAGAGAGAGAACAUCACUAAGAGAAGAAACUAAAUCAGAUUCUUUUAAACAAUGGAUUCUAGAAAGAACCUUAAACAAAAUUGAAGUGAAACUGAAGGAACCAAGGAAGUCUCCACUCAUUCCAAUUAUUAGAAAUAUUUUGAAUGAAAUUUUUCAAGGUGCUUUGGCCAAUCAGUUAAAUGUGCUUUCUCUCUCCCACUCUCAUUUAGGUGGCAUCCCUCACAAUGUUGAUGAGCCAAUUGCUCAAACAUCUGUUCCAUUUACAGAUAAAAUGAUGGAUCCCUUAGUGUCUGAAGCAGAUGUAGUCAUAGUAGUAGAUGAUGUUGUUAGAACUGUAUUUCAUAAACUUUAUUCAGUUGCCAUGACACGGAGAAAUGAAAGUGAAAAUAGGUAUAAAACCAUCACCUUUUCAGCAAAUGUUUCUUUUCAUGAACACACCUAUAGAGAAAAAUCCUCUCUUACUGUCCUGGAUGAGAAUCCAUGUGCUGUUCAGUCCAGAGUCAAUACUGACAAACAAGUUAAAGUAAAUGUAGCUGAAGAUAUUGUACAGACAGUAUUAACAAAUCUAGAAACUUUUGCUACUUCCAAAAUAAAAUCUCUCUUUCAUCCCCAAAUCAACUUCACAGUUCCAUCAGCUUUACCUAUUCAUCAGGAUAAGAGGACCUUAAGCCAAGUAUUAUCAGUCAAAGAUUCAUGCUCUAAUGACCAGUUUUCUUGCUGUACAGUGGAUCAGAUUAUGUCAGAAAAGACGAGCUCACGCCAGCUCUCUUUAAAUAAAUUAAAUACACAUGCAACAGAAGUGGCCAGAAAAAUUUUACAAGGAAUCAAACAUGAGUUAGACAGAGAAAAGGAAAGUCCUUUCUUAACACAUAAUAUUACGGUCUCUGAAGGUAUUGCAAGUCAAAUUGUCAAUACAGUGUUAGAUAUUAUAUCAUCUAAAAGUAAAUGCGACAAAAACAAUUUUGACAAAGAGCUUAAUUCAGAUCAGCAAGAAGGUAUCAUCGAAAAGAUGUUUAAUAAGACUGAAUAUCGAAACAUACUUCAGUUUCAAAUACAAGAUGCCAUCGAAUGUAUCUUAUGUGAUAUUUAUGAAAAAACACUGUAUCAAAAUAAUCUCUCAUUUGCCACGCCCACUCCAAAAUAUAAUAUAGCUGGUAAACUUUCUGAAGCAAAUUCUGAAAUGUACAUGGAGGGUGUAAAUAAGAUUAUUCCAAAACUUUCAGUUCCUAAAUCAGAUGUCAUUUUGAUGUCCAGUGAUAUUGUGGAUAUUGUUCUUCAUAAGCUCCGUUCUGCUGUCAUGCUUGGCAUAAAAGCAGAGGAUCCUGCUUCUGCAAGAUUGCCCCUUACCUUUUGUGAUAUGUUUCCACAAGCAGAGAGUGGAAGAAAAACAGAAUGUUUUUCAUCUUCAAGAAACCUGAAAUCAGCUUAUGCUGUUGGUAGUCAGAUAAGUGUAACAGAGAAAGAAGACACCAAGAACUCUGCUCCUGACCCAUGUGAGGAAAAUGCUGACUUCAUUACUAAAACUAUUUUUACGCAGUUAGAAUCUUUUGCCACAAAAAGAGUAAAUUCAUUAAUUACUCUUGCUUUCCUGCCUAAAGAAAAGUCAUUUGUUAGUCUGGAACUAGAAACUUGUAAACAAGAUGACAACAUUUUUCAUAAAUCAAGCCAAACUGAAUCAAAUGUGAACGUCUUGAAAAUACCCACUGAAACUCUUAUCAGCCAAGAGCUCACAGAUUCCACUUUUGCCAGUUACAGAGAAAAAUUUGGGCCCACAAUUCCUCUAUCACAAGCUAGUCUUCAGGAAUAUGCUGACAUCAUUGCCAGUGUCAUUUUGAAGCUUAUUAAAAAUGACUUAGACCUAGAAAUCCAAAAGGCAUCUCUAUAUCCAAACAAUAAUUCUUUCCAAGAAAACAUCAUUGUGAGUGACAUUGUCAACGGUAUCUUAAAGACUUUAAAUGAUAAAAGAUCUGUAAAGGAAAUUAGUUUUUACUCAAAAGACAAUCCUAAUUUAUUUUCACAGUUAACUCUGUCAAAUGAAAUAUUGUUGGAACAAAGAGAGCAGGAAGAAAACACCAAAUUAUCUCUGUUUUCACAGUAUCCAUUAGAACAAAACCAAAUGACAUUGGAAAAGGAAAGCCAGAGAAUUGUUUUGGAAAAAAUAUUUAUGAGAAAUGGAGAAUCAAAACAAAAAGAAAAAACUGCCUUGCUCAAUGCAGUGAAAGAAGUUUUAAAUAAAGUGUACCGACGAACACUGGAUAUUAAAGGCCAUUUGCCCCCUUUUAAUGAAACCCCCUACUUUGUAUCUAAUUCUAAAAUUAAAACAUCAGACAUAACACAAAAAGACUUUUUUCAACCACAUAUUAACAGUGUAGCAGAUGACAUAAUCGAAAUUGUUUUAGGGGAAAUGUACUCUGUAGUUGUGUCAUCCUUAUAUGAAAGUAAUAAAAAAGAAGAAGCCUCUGACAGUAAUGAUACUUUACCCAAGAUUCCAUUAUGUGCCUCAGAAACUAAACAAACAGGAAAAGGAAGUGAUUCCACUAGAUAUGGGACACAACACGUUUAUCCUUAUACAGGCAAUGAAAAUGUUUCUCUAUUAGAAAACAGUUUUCUGCAAUAUUCACCACUGCAAGUGAGGAAAGAUUUGGUCCAAACAGUUCUCAAUAAGAUCACAGACUUCGCUUCAUUUCAUCUAAGAGAAGCUUCACAUCCUGAAGGUUGUUCUGAUGACUUGCAGCCUCUAAGUCUACAUAGUUUUAAAGUGGGCCCUAAGGGCAUCCCCCAGACAGGUUUUAAGACAAAUUUAAAAGCAAAAUCAAAAGUUACUCCUUUGCCUAAAUUUCGAACCAAACCACACCUAGGACUUAGUAGCAUAAAGGCCAAAAGCAAGACCAAGUUAGGACCUGGGGAGAAGACUCCGAAGGUCAGCCAGUCCAAGACCGCCACUGGGCAGCCGCACAUGCUAACAGCAGGGGACGCCCACAGCUUACUAGAAAUGAACCUGCCGGCUUCAGAGCUCAAAAUGUAUGCCAAGCGUAUAGUAAGUAAUAUCCUGGAAACAACUAUGACAGAAUUUGAAAAGGCGACGCACACUAGAACCAUGGUAAAUGUGAAAGCUCUACCAUUCAAUGAGAUCGCGGCAGCAGGUAGCAUAGUUAAUACAGUUUUGCAAGGAUUAUAUGCUACAAAUAACCACAGUUUGGCUCAUCCAAUCAAAUUCUUACAUCUGGAUGACCUCCAGCAUUCACAGGGCAAUACAGGUACCAAGUCUCUUGCCAAAACACAAGCAUGUUUUUACUUGGAAAAUGUUUCUUCACAGCUAGAACAGAUUUUUCCUAAAGACGGUAUAUUUAAAAAAAUGUUUGACAAAUGGCAAGCAGAAUCAAAUGACAUGGAAAGUGAAAAAUGUAACUUAUUGAUGAUAGCUGAAAAUGUUUUGACUGCAAUUUCAGUGAAAGCCAAAGAAUUAGAAUAUUCUCUUUCACUUUUAAGUUUGCCACAUCUUGAGGACUGUGAAAGUAAGUUCCAUAAUUGUUUUAAAAGAACUUCUACCAGAGCUGAGGAUACCAAAGCACAAAUUAAUAUGUUUGGAAGGGAAAUUGUCGAAAUGCUGUUUGAAAAAUUACAGCUGUGCUUUUUGUCCCAGAUACCCAUCCUAGAUAGUAAAGAAACUCUAGCAAGUAGAAAGUGUAGUUUUCCAACCAAGGAGAGCCUCAGCAGUGUACCCGUCUACAACAUGAGCACAAAAGACCAAAUGUCUUUGGCUGCUAGCAAGCAAAUUGUUCAAGAAAUUGUAGAAAGGGUUUUAAACAUGUUAGAGUCAUUUGUAGACUUGCAAUUUAAACAUAUCUCUAAAUAUGAGUUUUCUGAAAUAGUGAAAAUGCCUAUAGAAAACCUUUUCCCUGUCCAACAGAGACUAGUAAGCAAAAGGAUGUUGCCAAAAUUACAACCAUUAAAAAAGUUUUCUGAUGACUACUCUAAAUCAAGUACUAUUAUUUCUAAGGAAAAUGUACAGAAUACUCUUCUACAUGUUCAUUCAUUCCAUUCAGAAUUACUUACAUAUGCUAUUAAUAUCAUCAGUAGCAUGCUUGGUAUAAUUAAGAAUGAGCUAGAUAAAGAAAUAACUCAAACAGAACCAUCAUCAAUUAGCAUAUUGAACGAGAACAUUGCAGCAAGUAAGAUCAUUGGCACACUGAUAGACCAGUGUACUUAUUUCAAUGUAUCUCUAAUCAAAAAACUUCCCAUGGAAAGUUUGUUCCCAGGAGUGGAAAAUACCUACAUUGUUAAUCAGGUUGAACUGGCAACUAAUAUGAAAAUUCCCAGGUCAAAGUUAAAGCAAGUUAGUUUUGUGAAUAAUCUUCCACAAAUCAGUGUACCUGGUUUGGUAGUUCAUUCUGCAGAAGAUAUGAAAAAAAAUUAUAGGGCAUCAUCAAAUUUAUCUUCAUAUGACAGAGCCUCUACAGAAGACCCAAUUAAAAGCUCAGAACCAAUGGAAAGGCCUGAUUCAGGAAAUAUACCAACAUGCUUUAGAAACAAAGUACAAGACUGUGGAGCAAGGGAAUGGCUAUUUGAUCAAGCCACAAAAGGAAAUAGCUCCCUUCCUGAAGGCAGUAUCUUACAAAAGCUGUUUAGAAAAGUGAAUGAAUCUACAGAAGAAUCACUAAAGCAAAGCAUGUCAUUCAUAGAAAUGGGAAAAGGUGGAAAUCCAAAAGUGUUUCAUUAUGAGGCCCUAAAACCGGUUGUUGAACCGAACCAAACUCAAAGUAUAUUGACAGCUGUUUCUCCACUCAAAGUAUACUUAGCUGCAGAAAAUAUUGUCGAUACUGUGCUGGCAAGCUAUGGUUUUCCAAGUCAACCACCCAGUAAUGAAAGCAUGGAAACAAUGAAGGCUUUUUUCAUAACAAAGCAAAACCCUGGAGGACAAAAGAAUGAGAAGAAAGGUUUGCUAGGAAUGUGGGAUAAAAGAAUCAGCUGUAUACCUGAAGAGAAAAACAAAAACUCUGAAGCAAGCAGGGGAGAUUUUUCUUUAUUGCAAAAAUGGGAAAAUAUUAAGUAUCCAAAGAUAAAGACUCUGAAAGAAUUUGAAGUCAUUGCUUUUGCUGAUCAUGAACUGGGUCCAAAUGAAAUUAAUUUGGUAGCAAGGCAUGUAACCACAUCUGUGGUCACGUAUUUCCAGAACUUCAAAACUAGAGUUUCCAGUGAAAAGAUGUCUAUUGUUUCUACACUAUCAAGGACAAAAUACAAAUCAAAACAGCCUCCAAGAAGCCUAUACAGUGAUUCUUCACUUUAUCAAUUUUGUGAACAUCUCACUGAGUCUGUCAUUUACCAUUUAAGUUUAAGCAUUUCUGAUAGCACCAAAGAUGGUAGAGAAAAGGAGAAAGCAUGGGAAAGCCAAAAUGCAGAAUUUAACAAGAUUAUUUUAAUUUAUUCUGAAGUGUUUGAAAACAGGUCAAUUCUUAUUGGAGAACUUGCUUUAAGUAUUUCUGAAAUCAUUACUAAAACCCUUUUUAAUAGUAGCAUUAUAGAGGCUGACAUGGAACAGCAAAUUUGUUCUUUAAAAACAAAGUACAUUUAUUGCCCAGGAAUAGCUGCUGCUGACUUUGAUAAUCUCUUUCAGGAUCUCUUAAUAGGAGUGAUUCAUAUACUGUCAAAAGAAAUAGGAAUAACUCAUCACGUUGAAAGCAAUAGAAGUAAAUCAUUUUCUAUGCUCAGAAGCAAUAGUGUCCCAAUUUUCAACAAAACAAAUACCAUGAAAAGACAGAUAGGUGGCAGAGAUUGGGAAUCAUCUACUCAGCAAAAGGAUCCUCUCAUUCAAAAAAAUAAAUUAAAUUAUCUUGCAUAUAAGUUAGACAGGCUAGUUAGCAACCUAGAAACUUGUGAAUCCAAAGAAGUAGUCAAUAAAGUCUUCAAAAUUGUUUUAGAUUUAUUUUCUCCAGAUGAACACGCAGGUGACACUAUGGAUUCUGAUAAAAAAGCAAGAAAAUUUUCCUCAUUCUUGAAUGAUCAGCAAAGUAAUAGCAUACUUGGAAAUAAUUUAGGGCUCACCCCCAACUCAGUUUUUCUUCUCAAUGUUGUGUGUCAGAAACUUAUUAGGACACUUUUGGAAAAAUGCACAAGCACUGUCUUUCUUGAUAAUGACUCUCCUUCUGAUGAAAUAUCAGCAGAAGAAUGUAAACUUUUAAAAAUACUUCAAAGUGUAGAAGAUGAAGAAUUUGAUUGUAAGGGAGCAAUGGACCAUGAACAAUUUCAAGGAGGUUAUAUGUCAGAUCUUUUGGAACAUCUGGCAAAAAUGGACCAAGAUUUAUUGUCAUCAGACUCUAUGCUCACUCUCAUUUCCCACAGUUUGGUUAAAUCGUUGAUGAACAAAUUGUGUCACGGUAUGCAACUCCCCCAGAGUCCACCUACUGCUAACAAGCAUUUAAAAUAUAGAACAGGAGAAAUACAGUCUAGUUUUAUAAAAGCAAACAGGCCAGAAUUAGCAGAAUUAGGUCAAGGUACAAGUUCUUUAGGAUUCAUGCAUUAUGACAGUACUGCUUUGACAGGAGCCCUGAAUAAUCCCAGUAUGGUUAGCUCCACAACACAAGCAACAUUUGGCAAGAAGUGUUCAGUGAAUUCCUCUUCUGUGUCACCUUUUAAAAGUCAGGGAACAAAGGGUAUGGAUACAAUAGCCAUCCACAAUAAACUAAAUCUGGGAGAUAUGAAUACAGGAGUUUAUUCAGCCACAUUUUUAGAGGAAAUAAUUUCGGAACUGUUUUUUAAUCUCUCUACUUCAUUGUGGGGCAAAAAUGAAAACAUUACUGAGGCCCAGCUUAAUGAGAUGAAUACAUUAUUUGUCAACAACGUAGUGAAUGAGUUUAAUAAUGCACAUGUCACUGUUUUACGGAAUGCUGAAGAAAGGCUGUGUUUUCCACCAGUCCAUAAAGAAACUGUUAGUAGGAUUGUUGACUCAGUUUAUUAUGAUGUUUUACAGAAAUAUAAAUUGAAAGUAAGCUGCGGUGGUAACGUGGCACAUGACAAUACCUCAAUGGCAGAACAAAUAACUAAUGGCAUACUAUUAGAGACUUUGGACUACCAACUCCCAUCUUGCAUCAGGGAGAAGCUUAUACCUAAUUUAUAUUACCCUCUCAAAGCUGAAAUAAUACUGCAGAAACUACAAAAUAACCUGAGAGAAUUUACUUCUAAAUCCAGGUCUUCAACAUGCUAUAGCACAAGGUUGUCACACUCAUUUUUAGAAGAUGUCAUCAGACGACUUUUAUCUCAACUCAUUGUACCACCCAGUAAGCCUUCUUCUUUGAGUAAAAAAUAUUUCAUGAGUUCAGAUUUUAAUGAAAUGUCUAACUGCAUAAUAAAGAAGGUUAUAUCAGCCAUUUCCAAACAUAAAAUUUGGUUCACCAUGUAUGAUAGUCAACAUCUAUGUACAGGGAAAAACCUCCAGAAGAUGGUGGAUUCCAUUUAUAGUAAUAUCAUGCAAACAUCUGACUCUCUUGUUUCAGUACAGAAAAGUAUAGUCUGCCGAAGCCCAACUAUGGUUGACCGGAUAGCUAGUUUUAUUAUCCAAGAGGUUAUUGAAAAUCAUCUUCAACCAUUUUUGUGUGAAGAAGGUUCGCCUCGUCCAAAUACUCCAUUGGAUGCAAUAUCAGACAUGGUUAAACAGGUCCUCAGUGAAGUCAUAGAGUCACAUGGACCCAAGACACUAUCACAUGUAGGUAUUUACCCUGACAUAUUCAUUGGGGAAAUUGUUGCCAGACUUUUAUCAAAGAUUUUCAGUCCAAAGCAUAACGCUGAAAUUGAGCUGGAAAACAUUACACAAAAAAUAGUGAACUCAAUAAAUAGCCAUUUUGACAAAGCUAAAAUUCCUAUUCUAUGUGAUGGCAAAGACCAGCAGUCUUACCCCUCUGUCAACACAGACAUUGUGGAUGAACUUGUCACCUCAGUUUAUAGAAAUGUUUUAAAACAGCAUGGUCUAGACCCUGAGUUUGAUAAAGAGACUACAGAAAGUGAAAUUUUUGUGGAAAAUAUUACCAAUUUAAUUGUAGCAGCUAUUUCAGAUUGCCUUCUUCAUCCACUGUUUUCUGGGGAUUUGUCAUCUUCCUGUUCUAUUUCCACAGCUGAGAAUAUACUUCAGGAUAUUAUUAGUAGUAUCAAUACAUCUACAAGGCCAAGUCAGAGUUUAUCUCUAUAUAACACCUUGCUGCCUUACAAAUUUUUAGAAGACAUGAUCAGAGUAUUAUUAUCUAGAAUCUUUCCUUCUGCAUUUAACACUGUCCUGAACACAGAAACUCUAAAAGAUAGAUCAAAAGUGAAUUUCAAUGAAAUUGCUUCAAAUAUAAUCAGUGAUAUUAGGAUGAAAAUUUCUCAACAUGAAAUUCACUUUUCAAAAGAUGGAGAAGAAACCACGUUUGUUUAUUCAGAAGAUGAUGUUCAGCAUCUUGUUGACUCAGUAUUCAAAAAUAUUUCACAAAACUCCGAGUCUGAAGAAUCAAUUGAGCAAAAUAUCACAGGAAGUAAUGAUGUUCUUAUUGAUAGAAUAGCAGGUUUCAUCAUUAAGAAUAUUUGUCAACAACAUCUUCAGCCAUUUCUGGAUGGAAAGUCAUUGCCUUCAUCAUCAUACACAUAUCUAGACAAUGAGACAAGGCAGUGGUUUUAUACCAGUGUUUAUUCCUCAACUUUUUUGGAAGAUGUUGUCUCUGGAGUUUUGUACAAAAUAUUCCACAGGGUGUUAGGCAUUGUACAGACAAAAUCAGUAAGAGAUUUAGAAGAUGAACUUUCUGAUAAAGCUGAAAUACUCAUACAUUUGAUAGCAGAGGAAUUCUCAAAAGCCCAAAUUAGCAUUAUAGAGAAUGCAGAGGAAGAGUUGUGUUUGCCUCCAGUGGAGAGAGAUAUAGUCAAAAACAUUAUUGAUGUGGUGUUCAGCAAAGUUUUGCAAGAAUAUGAUAAGGAAAUAAUGGCCAAUAAUGACUUUCUAAAUGAUGCAAAGACACUGGCUGCAAGGAUAACUAAAAUCAUGCUAGCUGAAAUUUCUGAUUUCCAAAUUCAUCCAAAUAUUAUAGGAAAGCUUCCUUUUCAGUCACUCUCCAAACUAAAUGUUAAUGUCUUGAUAAAUAGAGUUCAAUGUGACAUUACUAAAUCAAGAUUCCGAAGACAGGCAUCAACACUAUAUACAACUAACUUAUCACAUACUCAGUUGGAAAAAAUUGUCACUCAACUUAUAUCUCAACUGAGUCCAUUGGCCUCCAGUGCAGAAUGCAUAGAUACUUCCCAAUCAGACUUAAGUAAUGCAGUCAUAAAACUGAUAAAUGAAAUUAUAUCAAUAAUUUCAAAACAUGCAAUAUGUAUUAUUAAACAUGGCAAUGAAAAACAAAAUAUGAUUUCAGAGAAAGAUAUCCAGUCUAUGGUUGAUUCCAUUUAUGCUGAUCUUUCAUAUUCAAAUCUCUACCAAUCUCUUACAAAAGAUAAAAAAGAUAUAAGUAACAUUCCUGUUUCAAAAAUGGCAAGUUUUAUAAUAAAAGAAAUAUUUAACCAUCAUCUUCAGUCAUUUUCAUCUGGAGAUAAAACUUUCAUUUCAUCUUCAUUUGAUCAAAAUGAUAGACAAAAAGCAAUCGAUCCUAAACAAAGAGAGUUGUCUUUUAUUGUGAACUCAGCUGUCUUUCUGGAGGAAGUAAUUUCUGAACUUUUAUGUAAACUCCUUUAUGCAUUCUCACAUAAUGUCUUGGCUGCUGAAAAGCCAGAUACAGUAAAAGUCAAAAUUACUGGCAUUGUUACAACAUUAGUAAAAUCAAUUAUUCUGGAGUUCACCACAUCAGAGAUUUUAGUUGCAGAUUAUUUUGAUGAUGGUAUGUGUUUUUCAGAAAGAUACAAAGAAAUGGUUCAAAAAACAGUCAACCAAAUUUAUGAAAAAAUAUUAGAUGAAUAUAAAUCUCUGAUUCAAGUAUAUAGAGCUAUACAAAGUGACACCAUUUGUUUUGGAAGGAAAAUAUAUCAUUUGCUGCUGGAAGAAAUUUAUGAUUAUCAGGUGCAAUCAUUAGUUUCAGGAGAAUUAGUGUCUUCUUCCUAUACUUCCCCUAAAGCUGAUAAUAUCAUCAGAAAAGUGCUAAAUGUCAUCUUGAAGGAUAGUCACACCUUCCCAUCAUGUAUUACUGUGCUGCCUCGCUCUCUUUUAGAAGAUAUAAUUUACAAGCUUCUAGUGCAUUUCUUCCCUUCAGCUGACACCGAGAGUGAGCUAAAAGAGGAAGAUGUUUCACCAGGUUAUGAGUUUGCGGAUGCAGCUUCAAAACUGACUGAUGAAAUUAUCAAAGAAAUUUCUGAACAUGAAAUCCGUAUUGCCACGGCAGAAGACAAUGCAGAAAGUACGCAAUUAGAAGUGAUUGAGAAUUUGGUUGACUCUAUGUGUGGUAAUAUCUUGAAAAAAUCUGAAUUUCAAGCUGAAGUGAGGAAAGAUGCAGACAAAAAAGGGGGCUCAUUCCUCAGUAAAAUAGCUGGUUUCAUUAUGAAGGAAAUCAUGGAUCAUCACCUGCAUCCAUUUUUACAUGGUGAAGAAUCCUCUUGUAGUGAUUAUGACCAUGUCUCUGUACUUACCAAACCUGGUGAACAAAAGACACAGACUUCUCUAUAUUCAGCUACAUUUUUGGAAGAUGUAAUUGUUGACCUUGUUCGCAAACUGUAUUCUCUUCCAAGUAUUACUAAAUAUUUUGAGAAAAAAGAAAUGCCAGAGACAGAUAUUGUGAGCUUGGCUAUAAAAUUUGCAAAUUCUCUGAUAGGAGAAUUUAGGAAAAAUGAAAUUAAAGUUCUACAAAAUGCUGAAGAAGUGUUUUCUUUUCCACCAAUUGAUAAAGAAACAGUUGAUAAGAUAUCCAAUUUUGUGUAUGAUCAAUUCAUAGGAAAGUGCGAGUCUAAUGAAAUUCAGAAGGAUGAUAAAAGUAACAGUGUAAUAGAAAUGAUUGCUGAUGUAGCCCAAAAGGCAAUCUCUGCUUUCAAGAUUCAGCCACUUUUUUCAGGAGACUGGUCAUCCACUUUCUUUUCAUUUCUAAAUCCAGAGAACAUUACACAAAGGGUUCAACACCUACCACAGAAAACCUCUGCACAGAAGAGAAGUGCAAAAGGAAACCAAGUUACUUUUUCAGAACAACCAUAUGAACACACUUCUCCUCCAACCUCAGACCAGAACAAUUUGUUGGACACUUUGAAAAUAGAUAGAACUGAAAUGAGUAGAAAGAAAAGUUUCCAAACUGAGGAGACAUCUAUUAAAAAAGGCGACAUUCAAGAUCCGAAGGUUACCUCUAUAACUGGAACUCUGAAAGACAACACUGUAAACCUGUGUUUGGGGCCGGCUUCAGGGUCGGCUGCAGGAGUGACAAAUAAAAAGAAAGAGAAUGAAAAUAAAGUGGCAACUUCAAUUAAAAAAUAUACUGGGAACGUAUCAAAAGUUACAUCUCCAACUACUAGUGUGAAAAGUAAAGAUACUCAGGAGCCAGAUUUUGGGGUAACACUUAAAAAUGAUGAAACCGAGAAGAAACACAAAUCAGCUUCAAAAGACAAAGAGAGGCAAGGUAAUGAGGUACACACACAAAUUCUAGCAGCUACUAAUGAUACAGAGUUUAAAGAGGAAGUACUUGGACCAGACUUUGAAAUAAACAAUGAAAAGAUUGGCAAAACAAGAGAAAAUGUAUUUAAAAAAGAAGAGAAGCCCUUUCAGUUAGCUUUGACACCCAACGGAAGAGAUGCAGGGACCACAACAGAAACAACAGAGAAAACAGCAACCCUAAAGCCGAACAUUGAGGCGAAAAACGACAAUCCACCUCUAACAAAUAUAAAUGAGAAAUACUCAGGUCAUGAAUGUGUUCAAAAUGUCACUGAAAAUAUUUAUGGCAAUAUCUUAGAAGUAGGUUUUUCUCAAGACUCAGUAGACAAUUCACAUCUUCGAAGUCCCUUAUGUGAUACAUUUUCUGUAACUCAAGAGGUUAGUGAGGAUAUCGCACAACCUGUUUCAGUAAAGGACUUAUCCCUGUCAAUUAGUGAAAAUCUCCCCGCCAAAGAGAAGGAAAAAGAGAAAGAGAGAGAGAAUGAAAUAGAGAAAAAACAAGAGAAAGAAAAAGAGCCAGUGAAAGUUAAGGUGAUUAAAAGUGAAUCUAGUAAACUAGACAGUCCUCGGGAUCCACCAAAAAGUAAACCUGGAAUUUUUCCUGCUAAAUUUUUAGAAGAUGUUAUCAUCGAAAUGAUUAACAAAUUGAUCUUUUCUACCUCACCAGAAACACAAGGUAGGUGUCAAAGUGUGAGUGAUGACCAAAAUCAAGCUGAACUCUAUGACACAGCUAUGAAGCUUAUUGAUUCACUGUUAAAGGAGUUUUCAGAGGCUCAAAUUAAGGUAUUUAAGCCAAAUAAGGAAAAUGAGUCUUUUCCACCAGUAGCUAAAGUGUCAUCAGUUUCUAAACUUCCUCACAAGCAUAAAGAAUCAACUACAGAUGAAGCAUCAUCUAACACUAAGAAAAUAACUGUGGAUAAAAUGCCACAUAUGCAUAAAGUAACUAAAAAAUGUCCUCCAAAUAACAUAUCUUUCUUAGAUAGAACACCAUCAAUCGAUAAAACUUUGGUUAACAAAGUUGUUCACUCCUCUGUAUGCAGUAUUUUGAAGGAAUAUAAAUCUCAAGACUCCAUUUGUAAGAAUAUAAAGAACAAUGGGAAAUAUUUAGCAAGAAGAUUAACUAGUGCACUAGUAAAUGAAAUUUGUGAACAUCAGCUUAAUUUGCUCUUUUGUGAUAAGGUUCCAGCUUCAGCAUGUUUGCCUCUGGAAUCUAAGGAUGUUGUUAAGAAAGUCCAAAAUGCAGCUCAAACAGCCAGCAAAGAAUGUCAAACGUCAUCACCAUAUACCAUCAUGCUGCCUCAUGAAUUUUUAGAGAAUGUGAUUUCUUCUCUAUUAUCUAAAAUUUUCUCCAUAGUAUCCAAAACCAAAGCAGAAACAUCUGAGGGCAACUGGCUCACGGAACUUGAUUUCCUUCAAAUGAAGUUAUUAAGUACAGUCACAACAGAGAUCUCCAACGAUGAAGAUAUGAUUAUUCAGUACGUGGAAUCCUUACAUCCCAAUGAUGAUGAAAUUAUUCAAUUAGUGGUUCAUUCUAUUUAUAAUAAUCUCUUGGCACAGUUUGGAUCACAAGAGAUUAUACAAAAUUGUGUAGCAAGUGGAUGCAGAAUCCUUUCAGAAACCAUAGUUGAUUUAGUUUUACGGGAAGUGGCUGGUAAUCAGUUGCAGAACUAUUUUUCUGGAGAGCUAACUCCACACCAGUGUGCAGAAGUUGACAGCAUUGUUGAAAAUAUUCUUAAAAAUGUUAUACAUGCUACUGAUGUUCCCCAGGCACAACCAUCGCAUGCUCAUAUACUGCCUUAUGACAUAAUAGAAGAAAUUGCUGUAAAGUUUUUAUCAAAGCUUUUAUGUAUGUUUCCAAAAGUGGAUAAGGAAAGACACAAAUCUCUACCAACUGAAAUGCAAAACAUAGCUACAAAAAUAUUAAAUUCAAUACAAGAAUUUAUCUCAAAAAGUAAGAUUAAACUUAUACCACCAGCAAAGGAAUUGCCUACUGUAACUUUAGCUAACAAUGCAACUAUUGAAAGAGUAGUUAAUUCUGUUUAUACCAGUGUUUUAAACCACUCUGGCUCACAUACUUCUAUAUUCAAAGAUUUAAUGGGGAAGAGCAAUGUCCUCUCUGAUAUAAUAGGAUUUUUAGUGGUGAAGGAAAUUUCCAAUUCUGAAUUUCAAUCACAAGCAAAGGAAGAAGUAUCAAGCUCAGAAUCAGUUCUGGAAGCCGUCAAAAUUAUGGAAAAAGUGGUCAAAAUUCUUAAUGAAUUUAAGUCCCAGGAAAAGUCUUCAUCUGAAAAAGGUUCUAUGCUAGAUACUGCAUUUUUGGAGGAAGCAUUGGCCUUAUUCUUGGCUAAAAUAAUAAGGUUGCCUAGUGCCUCAAGCAAAGAUGCAAAAAACUUAUCAAAGCCUGAGUUAAAUAAAAUUGCAUCUCAACUGACAAAAUCUGUGACAGCUGAAAUUUCCAAAAGUAAUAUUAGUCUUGUUGCUGCUGAUCCUGAAGAACAGUUUUUAAAUCCAGAAAGUGUAGAAAUGAUUUCUCAGGUUAUUGACUCUAUUUAUAGUAAUGUGCUGCAUCAGUCAGGAACCCAUGAAGAUCUUUACUAUGAUAUAAAAGGUGCAAACAGAGUCUUCCCUAAAAAAGUAGCUAGUUUAAUCAUUAAUGAAGUUUCAAAAUUUCCAGUAGACACAGAUGACUCAAAGAAUUCAAAUGCUGAUCUCUUUGGAGAUCUAGACCUUAAUAAAAUUGUUGAAAAGGCACAAGAACAUGCUUGUAAAAUGAUCCCUGACGUGGAAAAAGAAGAGUCAGAUCAAGGUUCAAUUGGAGGGGAAGUGCCACUUAAAAUAGUUCCAUAUAUUGGGAAUAAACCAGUCAAAGUAGAUCCAGACAUUAUUUCAGACCACUUAGCAGUAAUUUCUAUAAAAACUCAACCUCUUGAAAAACUUCAGAUGGAGUGUUUAAGAAACACUGGACAUAGCAUAGCAGAAGUGAGAAGAGCAUCAAUAAAUGGGAGAACUUACUCUUCCUCAGACACAUCUAAUAUGGGAAGGACAAAGAGAGAAAGGCGUACCUCAUUGAAUAACACAGGACGACUGAAUAUAAAACCCUUAGAGAUUGUUUGCAGAAAUUCAUUUCAGAAUAUAAGGAAGCCUGAUAUCAGCAAGGUGGAACUUUUAAAAGAUGUUAAGAACAAAAAAGAUCUUCUCAUCCGAUUAGUAGCUCAUGAUAUUGAAGAAGAUUUAGAAAGUAACAUAAAAGAAGAAGACCUAACAUCUGAUGAAUAUGAAGUUGUUUUGAGAGAGGUUAUUAAAGGAGAACAACUUGAAAAUCAAGUAAAAGGAACCACAAAAACAAACAUUGAAAGCAUUGAAGCCACCUCAGAUCAUAAAAUACAAUAUAAGGAGAAAGAAGUGAAAAGAUCUGUUGCUGAGCUUGAUGUGUCCACCCAUUCAACAGCCAAGGCUGUGACAGACUCCUCUGGGGAGAAAAAGCCACAGCAUAAGGAAGAAGAAAUAUAUACUAUUACUGAACCAACACGUUACUUCAUACACAGAAUUAUGAGUUCAUCUUCAUACAACCAAGAAGAUUUGACUUCAUCUGCCAGUGAGACCGAAGAUUGUACUCCUGAUGCACAUGCUAAAAUAUUAGAAGAAACUCCCAAGGCCAGUAUUUCCAAACAUGGAUCUAAAAUGCUGGCAAAGGUAUCUUCAGCUCUGUCAAAGGUGUUUUCUCGAACAAACCCCAAAUCCUCAUCACCACCUCACCAGGACAAACACUGA